GAUUCAACAAUAUUAGCUCAUGAAGAUAAGAUAGCAUCUCUUAAGUUCAAGAUAAAAUCUCUUAAACAGCAUCUUCACAAAGCAUUACAGGAUUUAAGGCAUAAAGGUAAUGCAAGUACUGCUCAAGAUAUUUAUAUUUUAAGACUAGAAGUCAUAGUUGAACAACUUAAAAAGCGAAUUAGGGAGAUUACAGAUAAAAAAUUAUCACAAAUAAAUA